UCCCUCCCUUUCCUGGUUACGCAAACACAAAGCAGGCAGGAGAAAGCGGGAGGCUGACGGAGUGGAGCUCCCGCCAAGAGGCCUCAUCUCCAGCCCCGGCCUCGAUUGGAAGGCUUUGGCUGUAGAGGCUCCCACCUCCUCCCGCCUUUGGAGAAGGAAAUACUUCGUCAAUUUUCUUUUCAUCAUGGACCAUCAAUAUGAAGAUGUAUCAGACUGUGAAGUGGAUCACUCCUUUUUUGACAGUGACUUUGAGGAGGAGGUGAAGAAAAAUGGAACCGCAACAAAAAUAGAUGGGAAAGACAUUGGUAAAAUUCCACAAACAGAAGAUACAGUUCAAAGUAAUUGUAACUUGAAUAUUGAAACCGAAGUGGUGGAAGGUGUCUGGGCCAAGGAAGAAAGACAAGAGAAAGAGGCAGAACUGCAAAAGGAAGAUACCUUGGGCAAUAGUGCUUACCAACCUGAGGAUGCUGCAUCUUUCUUAGCUUCUCUGAAUUUAGAAAAUGCAAGUUCAUCUGGAGGAAACUCAGCAAAUAGUAUAAUGCAUGAAAAGAAUAUUCCAAAUCAGGUUCCCCAAACAGAUAAAAAAUGUGAAGAAAAUUACUAUACAGAUGAAGAAGACAGCAGUGAUGAUAGCAGAAACCAGAAAGUUAGAUUUAAAUUGUCUAAGCAAUCAAGUAGUGCAAAGGUUAGCAAAAAUAUUGCAGUCAAUCUGUCCUCCUCAUCUUCCUCUUCCUCCUCAUCUUGCAAUUCUGAUACAGAUUGUUCAGACAUAGAUUCAGAUGGUUGCUUGUCAGACUCUUCAUGCUCUUCUUCAAAAAAGAACAGCAUGUCUAACCUAGCACUCCGUUCUCCAAAACAAAAAUCUGCCUCAGGAAUAAAGUCAGUGGAAGUAAAACCAAGGCCAAGUGACUAUGCAGAAGAAUCUGAAGAUACUGUGACUGAUGUUACCCCUCUUUCAACACCAGACAUCAGUCCCAUCCAGUCUUUUGAAGUUGCAGCAUCCCAUGAUAAGAAGCUGAAGGUUAAAAGGCAAGAGAAUGUGAACCAGGAGUUAUAUGAACCUGAGCUGGAUCACAGAUGUCAGCAAAAGGUCCUGAACGAAGCUGUGGACUUGAAUAAUCUUUUGAGAGCUUUUCUGCAGUUAGAGAAAAAAGAACAACAGAAGAUGGUUUUGGAUCAGUCUUCUCUAGGGUCAAGGAAAAACUACUCUUUCACAAAAGAAGAAGUACGACAAAUUGAUCGAGAAAAUCAAAGGCUCUUAAAAGAACUGACAAAACACGCUACAAAACCCAGAAGCAAAAGUGCAUCUGUGAAGAAACCUUCAGGCCCAACAACUAAGAUGUAUCACAGUGCCAUCAACAGGCAGAGGGAACAGCAAAGGAUCGACAGAGAGAAUUUGGCUUUUUUGAAGAGACUUGAAGCAGUGAAACCAACAGUUGGUAUGAGGCGCUCAGAACAGCUCUUGGACUAUCAACGACAGAUGAGUUACCUUAGUGCUGCUCCUACUCCUAGGCGAGGAAAGUCUGCUUUAAGUCACCACAGCCCUUCUCGUGCUUCACGAGUAUCCAGUCACAGUGCAUCUAGUACAAUGAGCCGGAGGAGUGAGAGGCCAGUUUUUGACUCAUCCAGUGGUGCUCUGCAGCGACUGAAUCCUAGCAACAUUCGUGGUGCCUGGUUAUAAAUUCAUAUUCAUUGCACCGUCAGAUUUCUAAUCCUGAUGUUUUUGCAGAUUGCUGUAAUUCCGUGUAAGAGUAUUGUAAUAUUCACUCUUGGUGAUUAAAGGACACUGCAAAGUGAUAUUAACGACAAAAGGAUACAAUGUUGAUAAAUUUAUUUCAUUUUAUUUUGAGCAGGCAAAUUCUUUAUUCCAUCUUUUGAAUAGUAUUUUCCCAAUCAGUAUUUCCUUUCAAGAUGUAUUUGUACCAAAAAAUUGGCAACACUCUAAAUCUUUAUUUAUAAUUCUUUAAAUCUCAAAUUAAAUUUAGCUUUGAUAAUUGCCACAUUUUGGAACCAGAAGGAGUGGGAACUACUUUUCAUUGUAUAUUUUACAAUAAAUAUUUGUGCCUGUUUUUUACUCCUGAAUUUUGCUUUUUUAUAAUUAAUAUAGCUGCCAUUUUAAUUUAUCAUAUACUAUUUAUGCAGAGUCUUUAAGGAUGAAUCAGCAGUGUUCAUGAUAAUAAUUUAUAAAGUCUUAAUGGUAAGACUUAUGGAAACAUAAGGCAUAUGCCAUACAGUUCCACUGUUAUUCAUUGCUGAGCCUUGAAAUGGUCAGGUGAACAGCUACAGGAUGGAGGACAUAAAAUGAGUCCUUCUGGAAGAGCUGAUACUGUCCUUUUUCCAGCUUUGCAUUCCAAGAACAAGUUCAAUCAGCUGUCCUUGCAUAAUACUAUGAAAGAUUAUAUUUAAUGUCUAUUAUUUAUUGUAAUAUAAUUGAAAUUUGGGUUUCAUCCAGUUCCUGUAAUACCUCACAAACCUAUCUAAAUUCAAUUAAGCUUUUCUUUUUGUGGAUUAAAUUUAAACAUUGACCAAAAAAUUAACGUCUUAAGUAGUAAACAAAUAAUGUGGAAAAGUGGUCUCAAAAGCUUUCUUCCCGUUGGCUUUGUAAUGUGACCUUUGAGUGGCUCUGCCUGUGCAAUCUAUGUGCAGAACUAUGCUGGCUGAAUUGUUCCGUAAUGUUUCUUUAAUGGGUACCAAUGGGGCAGCUAUUUUGUGGAUGCACUUUUUAACUGCAAGCACUUUUAAAUUUUCCUAUGACAGUUUUUCCUCCUUGAUAAAACACCACAGUUUGCGCUACUUUUAAAUAAUAUACAGUAGUUGUAGUGUUUUACAUUAUUUGUUAUAGCAGUUUUGUAUGUCACUCUUUCAAACCUAAGAAAAAUGACUAAUUGAAUUACACUUGUGUUCAGCAUUACACUUUUUUCUCAACAGUUUUUCUUGGUGUUGUAACAAUAUCAAAACUAUUGAGUUCUGAUUUAAUAAAGUGUAUCUUUCAGUUGUGUUCA